CGAUAAUCAGCCCUCUCUCAACGUUACAAAAAUUUCAAGUGCUGCACACCUCUCUCUUUUCUGUGAAGCAACAAUAACGAACGCAAUUCCAUUAUUAGCCAUGCAUCGGUUGGUGAUCGCUCUGUCGCUCCUCCAAAUCGUUCAUGCGGGUCUAUCAGCUCGCUUGAUUGAUGACUUGGAAAACUUUGAGCUCGACUUGCAGAAUGACGUCAAUUUUUUGCUUUACUCCAGUUCGAACCCAGAUGAGCCAGUUGAAAUUUACGUCAAUGAUUUAAACGGCACGACUUUUGACGGAUCAAAAUGCAUCAAAGUUUUGAUCCACGGCUUUGGCAGCAACGGGUACCUCGAUUGGAUCAAGAACAUGACUUCCCUUUUUAUCGGCAUUGAGGAUUGCAACGUGAUUUCGGUCGAUUGGGCCAAAGCGGCGGCCAACCCGUUGUACAACGUGGCCAGGAGAAAUACCAGACCCGUCGGAGAACACUUGGGAGACCUUUUGCUAUUUCUGGCGGACAAUUCUGGGGCUGAUCUUUCCACGGUUCACUGUCUUGGCCACUCGCUAGGGGCGCAUGUUUGCGGAUACGCUGGGAAAGUCCUCGAUGGACAAAUCGGACGCAUCACUGGAUUGGACCCAGCCCUGCCUCUUUUCAGUUUCGACAACGCCACAGAACGACUCGCCGACUCGGACGCACUUUUCGUGGACGUAAUUCACACAUGCGCUGGUCUUUUAGGGUUCGACCUGCCCAUCGGUCACGUUGAUUUCUAUCCAAACGGCGGCGUCCACAAACAACCGGGCUGCGGCUUUGAUCCAACCGCUUCCUGCAGCCAUGAACGGUGCUGGGUGUUUUUCAUGGAGUCGAUCCAGUCGGACGAAUUUCGAGCCGCCCAGUGCGAUUCCUGGGACGACUUUUUGGCUGGCUUUUGUAACUCAACUCAGCAGGUGUCAAUGGGAUAUCCAACCCCCAGCAACACGCGAGGCACCUUCUAUUUAGCAACUGCAGAUUUUCCACCUUUCGCUCUAGGAUGAUUUUCCGGAGGAUUCCUGGAGGACUCUUCAUUUUUUGAAAUAAAAUCACAAACCUCCAAGGCGCUAAAUAUUUGUAAUGUUAAAUAUUUUUAAUAAUAAAUAGAGAAAGUUGAGAAAUA